UUCGCCUUAACGUUUUUCCAUUUAUUCUACUACGACUCACCAGCGGGCAGCGAUGAGCAUAUUGUGAAAUUUUUAAUAAUUAAUAGGUAAUUACUUAAUACGUAUCUUGUUUUCUAUCUUAAUAUUAAUUGAAAAUUUAAAUUUUUCAAAAAUUUAGUGUACCGUACCAAUCACAGAACAAAAUUUCAUAUUAAGUUAUAACAUUUUAUAUAUUCUUUUAAAAAUGCGUUGUUGUGUAGCUUCAUGUAAAACUAAUAAAUCAAAAACUACAAAAAUAAGUUUGUUUGGUAUACCCAAAACUGAUUCUUUAAGACUUGAAUGGGAGAAGGCCUUAGGUGUUCGUUUUAAAGCUAGUUCUAGAGUAUGUCGUAACCAUUUUAAUAAGGAAGAUAUAAUUGAUACUUGGGUGUCUGGCAAAGGAUUAUCCAAAUACACGAUUGAUUUAAAAAAACCCACACUUCGCAAAGGUGCGAUACCUAUUGAUUUGAUGUCAUUCCGUACUGUCUCAUCUGCAUCUCAAAAUUUUGAAUCCAGUGUGGCACAAGCAAAAGUACCAAAGGAAUAUGAGGUAUUACUUUCAAACAUUUACAAUGACCAUUGCUAUUAUUUAAGUAAUGGCCAUACAAAGGAAAUAACAUCACCAUUAACUGAUGAUACAAUGAUGUCAUCUUCACCUGAAAGAAUUGAAGUAAGACAAAUUUCACAUUUUAAAGAUAUUUUAAAUCAAAUAAACAUAUUAAAUAUUCCAAAAAAAUGGUAUUAUGAUGAUAAUUAUGCAUCCAAAAAAAAAAAAAUGAUCAGUUUUCACAAAUUGGGACCAUACAAAGAUGAUUUUGCUACAAGCAUAGAAAAACAAUUAAUUUUGACUGAAGAUUUACAAUUGUUACUCUAUGUUUAUAACAAGAAAAUCAAUACAUCUGACAUAGGACACAUUUCUGAAUUGAUUACUAUUAAUACAUAUGACAAAUUACUGAGUAUAAUUAAACAAUUUGAUGAAACUCUAGUAUGUCAAGGUGCUUUACCGUCAAACCAAAUUGAUGAUGUUAAUUCCUCAUAUGGUUAUCAAUUUGUUGAAUCAUAUGGAAUGUGGAGACAUAUAAAAUGCUGCAUAAUACUGACAAAUGAUGAUGGCAUAAAAAGUAAUAUUUGUUUAUGGUGUAAACGUUUGUGUUAUAUUAUAAAAAAUAGAAGGUUACGCUUAAAAAAUAACCAAUCAAUCCGGGUAUUUUUUUCUCCAAAUCAACAAAAGAAAUUAAAACAAAUUAAAGCUCAAAAAAAUUUAUUGAAAAAAAAAUAUUGCAGAGCAAAGAAAAGAAUAAAUUUCCUUCAAAAUCAGUUAAAUGAAAUAAAAAAAAAAGCUAAAGAAAUCUCUCAAUGUAGACUUGAAGAGCUUUUAGAUGAAGACAGGUUAAAUAUGUCAAUGUAUCAAUUUGAUCUUAAGUAUGAAUCAGAUGACUGAUUCUGAUCAUUAAAUUGUGCUACAAACUUUAAUCAUUGCCCAUACUAAGGUGCACCAGAGCUACAAAUGAUCGAAUUAUUGGUGGUGCUAAAAUAUCAACUAAUUUAGUUGCUGCUUUUGGU